AUGCGAAGCACAGAAUUUCCGGCAUCUGAGCACACACAGUUGCUUCCAGGCAUUCAAGGCAACCAGGAUUACAUUGAAAGCGGUCGAAUUCAGUGCGGUCACAGCCAGAAUGCAUCCAAAACAACGAAACCGGAUCUUGCACCGCUAUUGACCGUUAAUUUUAUGAGUUUUAUGAGCGGUGUCAAUGAAGGAAGCUGGAGUUUGCUUAUUCCAUGCUUGAAAUCGUACUAUGGGAUUUCAGAUCACACCGUCGCAUUGAUAUUUCCAUCUUAUGCAGCGGGCUAUUUCGUCACCGCUUGUUGCAAUGGCGCUUUCGUUCAUUACUUGGGUCAACGAGCGACCAUGUUCCUUGGCGCUCUUGGAUUCUUGGCUGCUUUCAGUGCCAUUAUGCAAGGGUUCUCUUUCCCGGUCACUGUCGCUUUCAUGGUCGUUCAAGGAUUUGGAGCCGCUCUUUUGACGGCUUCCGAGAAUGUCUACAUUGCCAAGCUACCCAAUUCAACCUGGCUGUUUAGCAUUUUGCAUGCUGUAUAUGGUGCUGGUGCCACUGUUACUCCCUUGGUGUCUACAAUGAUCCUGGCCCACGAUCUCCGUUGGAACUUUAUCUAUCUUUUCUUAUCGACGGUCGCUUUCAUCAAUAUAUGCUGUAUGCUUGUUGGAUUUCGCAAUGUCAAGUUGGACGACAAGGCACUUCAAAGCUCAGCGUCCAACAAAAUAUCCUACAAGGAAGCUGUCUUCAACCGAAUCACAAUGCUGGGAACUAUCUACAUUGCCAUAUUUGUUGGAAUUCAGCUGACGUUUGGUAGCUGGGGAUACAUCUAUUUAACGGAGGGGCGUCAAGGCAACGAAGAGAUCAUGGGCUAUGUAGUAACCGGGUUCUGGGGAGGCAUGGCCAUAGGCCGGUUGUUCUUGGGCUACCUGGCCAAUCGGUUUGGUGAGAAAUCACUGACGUCGAUCUGCAAUAGCAUGAGUUUGAUUCUUGUCGGUCAACUAUGGCUUUCCAACGACAUUGUGAUUGUUUGCAUUGUCUUUGUUGUUGUCGGCUUCCUCCAGGCACCUGUGUUUACCACCGCUAUUGCUUUGAUUUGCAAGUUACUGCCAAGAGAAUUGCAUGCCACUGCCCUGGGAUGCAUUGCAGCUGGCACUUCGGUGGGGGCGGCAUUUUUUCCGUUUAUUACUGGUGCGUUAUCGGAGAUCUACGGCAUUUCAACCUUUCCCGUCGUCUGCUUUGCCAUGCUCGCCGUUAUGCAAUGUAUCUGGAUGAUUCUUCCUGACCAUCGCUCAUAA